GGGGAGGGGAGGAGGCGCCAAGGUGCAGCCUGCGUGCGGCUCUGCGCCUCGGCGGGGCUGCGUGCGUGUGUCCCUGUCCGCGCUGCUGAAACGGGCUCUUCGAGGGACUGGCGUCAUAUGACUCCGCCUGCUGCCCCCCAGCCAACGCGCAGACCGCCCUUCUCUCAGUUCGCUGAGGGAGGGUCGGGCGACAUCCCCUGGGGCCCCGCGGCUCUGCGGAGAGAAGAGGUUCCAGCAAGGAAGGGUCCAGCUAGGAGCUCGGCGUCAGAUCUCAAAGUGUAGAUCUUGAAGGGGGUGGAGUAUCAGAGAGAGAGAGGGAGGGGGAGAGAGAGGGAGAGAGAGGGAACGAUUCAGCGAGUGCCAGAGAACGCCAGAACGGCGCGCACCGACGAGGGGCAGUCGGGUGCCUCUCGGAGAUGUAAGUGCGUCAGGUCUCUCUGGCCUUCUAGCACCAUGCAGAGAGCCCUCCGGCUGAACGAUGGCCACAUCAUGUCCCUGGGGCUGCUGGCCCAGAAAGACGGCACGCGCAAAGGCUACCUGAGCAAGAGGAGUUCCGACAACCAAAAAUGGCAAACCAGGUGGUUUGCGCUGCUUCAGAACCUGCUCUUCUACUUCGACAGCGACACCAGCCCUCGGCCCUCGGGGCUCUACCUGCUGGAGGGCUGUGUCUGCAAACGCGCGCCCUCACACAAGCGAGGUAGCUCCUCCAAGGAGUUCAGCGACAAACAGCAAUAUUACUUCACAGUGACCUUCUCCGGUGAAAACCAGAAGCCCUUAGAGCUGAGGACGGAUGAUAUCGAGGACUGUGAGCAGUGGGUGAUGGCAAUCUCUAGCGCCAGCUACAAGAUACUGGCCACAGAGCACGAGUCACUCAUGCAGAAGUACCUGCACCUGCUGCAGGUCGUGGAGACAGAGAAGACUGUGGCUAAGCAGCUGAGACAGCAGCUCGAGGAUGGCGAGAUCGAGAUCGAGCGACUGAAAUCAGAGAUUUCAAACCUGAUCAAGGACAAUGAACGUAUCCAGUCCAACAAGCAGGUUGCCGCUGAGGAUGAGGACAGCGACCUCAAGAAAAUUAAGAAGGUCCAGAGCUUUCUUCGGGGAUGGCUGUGCCGACGAAAGUGGAAGAACAUCAUCCAGGAUUACGUCCGGUCUCCCCAUGCCGACAGCAUGCGCAAGAGGAACCAGGUGGUGUUCAGCAUGCUGGAGGCCGAGUCUGAGUACGUGCAGCAACUACACAUCCUGGUCAACAAUUUCCUGCGCCCACUGCGCAUGGCCGCCAGCUCUAAGAAACCCCCUAUAACACACGACGACGUCAGCAGUAUCUUUCUGAACAGUGAGACCAUCAUGUUCCUACACCAGAUCUUCUACCAAGGCCUGAAGGCCCGUGUCUCCAGCUGGCCCACCCUGGUGCUGGCGGACCUGUUUGACAUCCUGCUGCCAAUGCUUAACAUCUACCAGGAGUUCGUCCGCAACCACCAGUACAGCCUCCAGAUCCUAGCACACUGCAAGCAAAACCGAGACUUUUACAAGCUUCUCAAGCAGUUUGAGGCUAAGCCAGACUGCGAGGAUCGCACACUGGAGACCUUCCUCACCUACCCAAUGUUCCAGAUCCCCAGGUACAUCCUGACACUCCAUGAGCUGCUGGCCCACACACCUCACGAGCAUGUGGAGCGCAACAGCCUGGACUAUGCCAAAUCCAAACUAGAGGAACUGUCCAGGAUCAUGCAUGACGAAGUCAGUGAGACGGAGAACAUCCGCAAAAACCUGGCCAUUGAACGCAUGAUCACAGAGGGCUGUGACAUCCUCCUUGACACCAGCCAGACCUUCGUGCGCCAAGGCUCCCUCAUCCAGGUGCCCACAACAGAAAGGAGCAGGAUCAACAGGGGCCGCCUGGGAUCUCUGUCCAUUAAGAAAGAGGGUGAGCGCCUGUGUUUCCUGUUCUCCAAGCAUCUCAUCAUCUGCAGCAGAGGCUCUGGUGGGAAACUGCACCUAGUCAAGAACGGAGUCAUAUCCCUCAUUGACUGCACCUUAUUGGAUGAACCAGAAACCGGGGAUGACGAAGCCAGAGCAGCUGCACAAGAGGUAGAACACUUGGACUUUAAGAUCAUGGUGGAGCCAAAGGAUUCCCCAUCCUUCACAGUCGUCCUGGUAGCCUCAACCAGGCAGGAGAAGGCAGCGUGGAUCAGUGACAUCAUACAGUGUGUGGAUAAUAUCCGCUGCAAUGGGCUCAUGAUGAAUGCCUUUGAAGAAAAUUCCAAAGUCUCCGUGCCGCAGAUGAUCAAGUCUGAUUCAUCCUUAUACUGUGAUGAUGUUGACAUCCGCUUCAGCAAAACCUUGAAUUCUUGCAAAGUGCUGCAGAUCCGCUAUGCCACCGUGGAGCGCCUGCUGGGGCGCCUGACUGACCUCCGCUUCCUGAGUAUUGACUUCCUCAACACCUUCCUGCACUCUUACCGUGUCUUUACCACUUCUACGGUGGUCCUAGACAAGCUGAUCCAUACUUACAGAAAUCCUUACAGUGCAAUUCCUUCCAGCAAUCAAAACAAGGAUGGUGAAGGGGGUAAGUCGGGUGAAGAGGGUAAAUCUGGUGAAGAGGCCCCCAAGUCUCCUCAAGAAAACCGCAAGUUCUCUUCACCACCACCCUUGGCCAUCGGAACAUCGUCCCCAAUCCGACAUCGGAAGCUAUCCACCAACGUCCCCGUCAUCACAGGUGGCAAGGCACUGGAACUGGCUUCACUCAGGUGCAGCUCUGAUAGCUACACCAACAUACACACACCCAUAGCUCCCUUGGGCAAAACUACGCUGGACUCCAGCAAGCACUGUGUGGCCAGCGGCUUCCACAAGACUCCAGAGGAGACUAGCAGGUCUAUCUCAAUUCCACAGAGGCAUAGGGAGCUAUUAGCCUUCAGGAAGAAGCGCUCUAACGUCUUGAAAGAAGAGCCUGAAGAUGACCAGAACCAGAAUAAUGAAGGAAACACACAAACAUCACCAAUUAGACCUCUAUCAACACCGGAAUUGUUCAGAAACAGAACAGAUUUCCCAUUCUUCAACUACAGUGGAGUCGCGAUACCUGCUUGCCGUGAUCUGUUGGACAAUCGCAUUACUCUCUCAGCUACUUCUGCCUUUGCCAUAGCGACUGCAGGAGCCAAUGAAGGCCCCUCAAGCAAGGAGGUGUUUCGAAGGAUGUCUUUGGCCUCAGGGGCUUCCUCUGAGCAGAGAAAUAGCGACAAGGAGUUUGUGAUCCGCAGAGCUGCCACCAACCGUGUGUUGAAUGUGCUCCGCCACUGGGUCACCAAGCACGCUCAGGAUUUUGAAGCCGAUGAUAACCUCAGAUUCAGGGUGAUCUGCUUCCUGGAUGAGGUCAUGCAUGAACCAGACCUUCUGCCACAAGAGCGAAAGGCAGCAGCCAACAUCUUGAGGUCUCUGUCCGUGGACGAAGCAACUGAAAGCCAUAGAAAGCUGAGAGAGAUCAUACUGAUGACGGAGGGUUUGACGACUGAGCCCUUCGAAAACCACUCAGCCCUGGAGAUAGCAGAGCAGCUGACCCUGCUGGAUCACCUUAUCUUGAAGAGUAUUCCUUAUGAGGAAUUCUUUGGCCAGGGCUGGAUGAAGGCCGAGAAGUAUGAAAGGGCACCUUUCAUCAUGAAAACCACCAGACACUUCAACCAUGUCAGUAACUUCAUUGCUUCAGAAAUUAUCCGAAAUGACAACAUCAACUCAAGGGCAAGUGCCAUUGAGAAGUGGAUUGCUGUGGCUGACAUAUGCCGCUGCCUCCACAACUACAAUGCUGUGCUGCAGGUCACCUCCUCCAUCAACCGCAGCGCAAUCUUCCGACUCAAAAAGACAUGGCUCAAAGUUUCUAAGCAGACAAAGUCUUUGUUUGACAAGCUCCAAAAGCUUGUGUCAUCAGAUGGCAGAUUUAAGACCCUCAGAGAAAUUUUGAAAAAAUGUGAUCCACCCUGUGUUCCUUACCUGGGGCUAUAUCUCACCGACUUGGUGUUCAUCGAGGACGGGACACCCAAUUACACUGACGAAGGCCUGGUCAACUUCUCCAAGAUGAGAAUGAUCUCCCAUAUUAUCCGAGAGAUUCGCCAGUUUCAGCAGAGUAACUACAAAAUCAAGCCCCAGCCAAAGGUAAUUCAGUACUUACUGGAUGAAACUUUUAUGUUGGACGAAGAAAGUCUGUAUGAGGCUUCGCUCAUAAUUGAACCAAAACUCCCCACAUGAAGUUGUUCUCCCCAACCCCGCCGUAACCCCAGCUGCUUCUGUGAACACCCGCUAUACGAUAAUAUGUUAUCGUUCCCUGCCUCUGUACUUGUUCUUCAGUGUGUGCUUCUCUGAGAAUAUCUUCAGUGUGUGCUUCUCUGAGAAUAUCUUUAGCGUGUGCUUCUCUGAGAAUAUCUUCAGUGUGUGCUUCUCUGAGAAUAUCUUUAGCGUGUGCUUCUCUGAGAAUAUCUUUAGCGUGUGCUUCUCUGAGAAUAUCUUUAGCGUGUGCUUCUCUGAGAAUAUCUUCAGUGUGUGCUUCUCUGAGAAUAUCUUUAGCGUGUGCUUCUCUGAGAAUAUCUUCAGUGUGUGCUUCUCUGAGAAUAUCUUUAGUGUGUGCUUCUCUGAGAAUAUCUUUAGCGUGUGCUUCUCUGAGAAUAUCUUCAGCGUGUGCUUCUCUGAGAAUAUCUUUAGCGUGUGCUUCUCUGAGAAUAUCUUUAGCGUGUGCUUCUCUGAGAAUAUCUUUAGCGUGUGCUUCUCUGAGAAUAUCUUCAGCGUGUGCUUCUCUGAGAAUAUAUAAUCUCUUCUUGUCCUGUAAAAGUGAAAUAUUAAUGCGUGCACUAAAACUAUAGAUGUCUGCACUCUCAGACUCUGCCUCACCCUCUGUGAUGCUUGUUCCUUCAAACAGCUGUACCCCCACAGGGCUGGAGAAACCGCUCAGCGGUUAAGAGCAUUGACUGCUCUUCCAGAAGCCCUGAGUUCAGUUCCCAGCUCACAACCACCUGUAAUGGGAUCUGAUCCCCUCUUCUGGUGUGUCUGAAGAUAGUGAUAGUGUACUCAUAUGCAU